CAGAACUGUAGAAAAUUUGCAAUGAGAAACUGAAUCGGUAUAAAUAAAAUCUGGAUAACUCUACAAUUUUGGUGCUUAUAAAAAUAUGACUCGUUUUAAGUGGCGCUAUAGUAGUGAAUUAAAAAAAUUAUUCACUAGAUAUCGCGCUCGUUGGAGCUAUGCAAAGAUUUGGUUCCGCCGACUCAUCACCGAAUUCGAUUCAGAUACAUGUUUGGAACCAAUGUUCUGGUUCGUCGAUAACUACACACAUUUGUUAGGACCAUUUUUCAUAUUCGCUGUAUCGGGAUUGACAAUUGCUGUAGUGGUGAUUGCCUAUUGGAUUGGUUUACCGUUUUGGUGGGAAAAAAGUCCCAAAGCUACUGUGUUUUUACUUAUUGUUGGCAAUUGGCUACUGCUUAAUGUCAUUUUCCACUAUGUAAUGGGUGUAAUUACACCACCCGGUGAGCCGCCACAAAUUAGUGAUGAAUCCUUCGAGGUGCGCAAGAUUUGUAAAAAAUGUCAUCUGCCGAAAGCACCGCGUACACACCAUUGCUCCAUUUGCAACAUAUGCGUAUUAAAAAUGGACCAUCACUGCCCAUGGCUGAAUAAUUGCGUAGGCUUCUUCAAUCAUCGCUACUUCUUCCUUUAUAUGGCCUAUACCACUCUCGGUUGCCUCUUCCUAAUAAUUUUUGGCUUUGAACUGGGCUAUAAACACAUAUGGCUAGAUCAUGGUGAUAGUUGGAUAGAAUCGGAACCAUUAGAAGGCCAACCAGUUAAAUUCAAUUUAAGUGGACACAUCAUACCAGUGACUCAUGCGCACGAGUACGAUGAUGACCUACUGUUGCCUGCCAAGCAUGCACUGCCCACACCGCCUACCUCAGACGAUGGCACAUACACAAUGGGGAGGCGUCGUGCUAUAAUAUUUAUGGCCACUACGAAUGUAACUGCUGUACUGGCGCUGGGUGCACUCACCAUAUGGCAUGCCAAAUUGAUAACACGCGGUGAAACUAGCAUUGAGGCGCUAAUAAAUCAAGAGGAAACCGAACGUUUGCUUAAAGAAAAUAAAAUUUACGUUAAUCCAUAUAAUUUUGGUGCGCGUAAAAAUUGGAAAUUAUUUUUGGGUUUGGUGCGUGGCCGAACGUUUUGGCGUAGCGUUUUACUGCCGUCAUGGCAUAAGCCUGAAGGUAACGGUUUAACUUUUCAUACGGUGCAUGAUGAGCGCGUGUAUUUAUCAACCGACGAAUGGCCAUAACAACAUGUGAAUGCUGGCGAAAAUAACGAGGCACAAUGCCAUGCCAUUGUAGUUACCAAAUAAAAAGUGUUGACUUUAUUUAUUUUAAAAUGAGGUGCAGUUGUUAGCAUUCCUCUAAUUUGUUUUGUGUUUUUUAUAUUUCAAAUGUAUAGUGCAAGCUUAUAUUAGGCUUGUCACUAAGCUGUAUUAUCAGUAUUUAAAAGACAUUAUAGUUCAUUGAAAAUGUUGUAUUAAAUUAAUUAUAAUAUUAAGUCUAUAAUAUAAUGUCAUAUUGUAAUACAACUUGAAACACUUUGUAUUUAUUUUAGCUCACGCUCUCUGA